ACUGAUAUAGAUGCUCACAGUCCGAUUCCAACAUUCAGUGAACACGCAAGACAAAGGAUAAACCAUCAGUUUGCAUCCAUCAUCCAACUCAACAGCAACAUGUUUCUGUUGAAUAUUGGCAUCUAUGCCAGCCUCAUACUGUCCCUCCCUCAGUGUACGUAUCAAUCCUGCACAGAGGGGACACCCAGUCAGUGCGAAGGAGCAGAGUUUGCUCCAGGUACCGAUUUGGCCGGAGAAGGCUUUGAUAUCACCAAAUUGGAGCGUAAGGGAGCCUUUGUGCUCGACAUGAAUCAGUGGAAACACAAGGACAAAACAUGCACUCUGUGCAGCAACCCCUAUCUGGAGAACAAAAAGCAAAAGCUCCCGUUGUCAGUGGUGGACUGGAGACCAAAGCAGCCCUGCAGUAUGAAAGUGGCCAGUGCAGUCCACCGAUCCAGUGAGUCUCUGGUCACCUCCAGCUCCUCUUCUGUGAAUAACAACUGGCAGGUCAAUCUAGAUCUUAAAGUAGGACGUAAAGGUGCCUCACUGAUGCUAGCUGGUACUCAUUCUAAAAUGGCUGAUUACUCCAUGGAAAAAACUAAGAAUGACAAGUACAGCUUCACAAGCCAAAGCAUGUCCUGUGAGUACUACAGCUACCGAGUGUCCAACACUCCCAAGUUGCACAGAGAAUUUCAAACAGCAGUCAAACAGCUCCCCACAAUCUACAGCCCUGAAAACAAGCAACGAUUUUACAAACUGAUUGAUGACUUCGGCACCCACUACGUCACCAAGGUGAAGUUGGGAGGAAGUAUUCAAUCUGUGACCAGCGUCAGGCAGUGCCAGGCCAGCCUGCAGGGCCUCAGUGUGGAGGAGGUGAACAUGUGCCUGGAAGCCGAGGCGUCGGACAGCAUCAAGGCUACAAUAAAAACUCAAACAAAACACUGCAAGAAGGACAUCAAGAAGACAGACAGCAAGUCAGCCUUCUCCAGCCUCUUCAACGACAGGUUCACAGAAAUAAAGGGGGGCCAUACCACGGAGCCAGACCUUCUCUUCUCUGCUGAUAAAGAUCCAUCAGCCUACAAAGAAUGGCUGAACACAAUCCCACAGAACCCAGACAUUGUCUCAUAUUCCCUGGACUCGCUUCACGAGUUACUGCCGACUAACACCACUGUCCGGAAGAACCUGCACUCGGCCAUUAGUCAUUACAUCCUGGAGAAAGCCCUGUGGAAGAACUGUAGUGAGCGCUGUCAGGCCGGCCGCAAGAGCGAUCCGAGGGAUACCUGCGUUUGCCAAUGCCACCACGACCGCGCUGUAAACCAAGACUGCUGUCCGACCCGUAAGGGCAUGGCGCGGGUUAUCAUAACGGUACAACGGGCUGCUGGUCUUUGGGGAGACCACACUACAGCCACAGACGGCUACGUCAGGGUGUUUUUCAACAUACGGAAGGAAUUGCGUUCUCCUGUCAUUUACAACAACAACAACCCCCACUGGGCCAUGGUCAUCGACCUAGGCUCCCAGGAUUUGUCCUCAGGAAUUAAAGUGAGAUUUGAAGUGUGGGAUGAAGACAACAAAUGGGACGACGACCUGUUGGGAAAAUGUGAGCAUGUUCUGACUGCUGGAGUCAAGGAGGAUCUCUGUAACAUGCAUCAUGGCCAGCUGUUCUACAAACUGGAUGUGAAAUGUGCUCCGAGUCUGAGCGGAGAUACAUGCACGGACUAUAAGGCCUCGCCUAUGAGUCAAAGCCUGAAGAGGCUGUAUGUGUCCCGCCAUGCUCAUCCUGUUCCAAAGGCCAUCCUGUUAGAGAUGGGUGUGUUUGUGGAUGAAACAAGCUCACAGAGAAACCAGAGUCUUACUGCCGAGACUCCAGAGUUGGAUGUGAUAUAACAUGUCUGGCUUUACUGAUGCUUAUAUCCAAGGUAUUAGCAACAUAUUCUCACGGCAGUUCGUGAAAUAGUCACAAAAUGUAAUCUAUUUGAUUUGUGUACACAGACACACUUUUUCAUGACGCUCAGCACGACUUUUAAUAAAAACACAUUUUUUGUGCAUUUACCUACAAAU